AUGGUUGCAGCUUGGGAUGCAAAUCUUGUAACUCCUCACAAACGCAUGGGGAAUGCAGGUGUUGAUCUAGAGUGGCUCUGUGAUGGAGAUGUGCAUGAAAUACUGGUCGAGUUGGAAGGAAUGGGUGGUGGCGGAAAGAUUCAGCUGGAGGUAAAAUAUAAAAGCUAUGAUGAAAUUGAUGAAGAGAAAAGGUGGUGGAAGAUACCUUUUGUUUUAGACUUUAUAAAGAUAAAGGGUUUUGAUUCUGCAUUCAGAAAGGUUAUUGGUUCUGAUACAGUACAGGCCCGCCAAUUUGUGGAAUAUGCAUUCGGGCAGUUAAAGACUUUUAACAAUUCAUAUCUUCUGAAGGGCCAGAUGUCUGAUACUAAUAAUGAUAAGUAUGACAGUGAAACUGCUGGGGAACUUAAUGAAUCUGCUUCUAUAUUCAAUAUUCCUUCUAACAUAGCUGGUAGUUCAGAAGCUUCUAAUGAAGCUAACAGGGAACAGAUGAACUCAAAGGGAUUUAACAAACAUGAAAAUGAUCUUGAAAAUGGAAAUGCUUCUGAAUUGUCAACAAAAGAUAAUGAGGAGGACUUGUCAAAUCAAAUUUUUUGGAAGAAUAUUGCUAAUGUUGUUAAUUCUAGUAUUGCUCAAAAGCUAGGUCUCUCUGUUCCAGAGAAAUUUAAGUGGGAUGGAUUGGAGUUUUUAAACAGAAUUGGCUCACAAUCGCAAAACAUUGCAGAAAGCAUUUAUGUUCAAUCUGGUCUUGCAAUGCCUGGAGGCACAGAUGAUACAAAAGAUAAAACAAGUGACCAACCUUCCAUUGCUGUGUUUCAGUCUUCACUUCCAGAGGUCAAAAAAGCAACACAGAAUUUGAUGAGGCAAACUGAGUCAAUUUUAGGAGGUUUAAUGCUUUUGACUGCAACAGUUUCUAAAAUAAAAGAUGAUGGGCGUUCUUCAGAAGAGAAGAAAAUAAAAGAAGAUUCUACCAAAUCAGGAGACAAGGACAUACAAUAUUCAACUACUCAGAAGUUUCCCAGCUCACAGAGUGGAUUAGUGUUGGAUGAUAAAAAAACUGAAGAGAUGAAAGAACUUUUUUCUACUGCUGAAAGUGCCAUGGAGGCUUGGGCAAUGCUGGCUACUUCACUGGGUCAACCUAGUUUCAUUAAGUCUGAGUUUGGAAAAAUAUGUUUCUUAGAUAAUGCAUCAACAGACACACAGGUUGCAAUUUGGCGCGAUUCUGCACGAAGGAGAUUGGUGGUUGCUUUUAGGGGAACAGAACAGUCUCAAUGGAAAGACUUACGAACUGAUCUAAUGCUUGUGCCAGCUGGGUUAAAUCCCGAAAGGAUAGGUGGAGAUUUCAAGCAAGAGAUUCAAGUUCACAGUGGUUUUCUAAGUGCGUAUGAUUCAGUACGGACCAGGAUCAUUUCUCUAAUUCGGCUUGCAAUUGGUUAUUUAGAUGAUCAUUCUAAGUCACUUCACAAAUGGCAUGUUUAUGUGACUGGUCAUAGUUUGGGUGGUGCAUUGGCAACCUUGCUAGCACUAGAACUUUCAUCUAAUCAAUUAGCGAAGUAUGGAGGGGGAGCACUUGGGGAUGGUUUACAUAUCUCCUCUCUCAUGAGGAUGCUUUUUCUAUCUCCUACGGUUGUUUUCUCUCUCCUUCAAGUGCCCAUGACUCCUCCCAUUGUUGCUGGGCAGGGAGCAAUUUCUAUUACUAUGUACAACUUUGGUUCUCCUAGGGUCGGUAACAAAAGAUUUGCAGAAGUUUACAAUGAGAGAGUUAAAGAUAGCUGGCGAGUUGUGAAUCACAGAGAUAUUAUACCUACAGUUCCACGGUUAAUGGGUUAUUGUCAUGUUGAGAGACCCGUAUUUCUUGCUGCAGGGGUUUUAGGAAGUGCCCUAGAAAACAAAGAUAUUUUGGGAGAUGGUUAUGAAGGUGAUGUUCUUGGGGAAUCAACACCGGAUGUUAUAGUCAGUGAAUUUUUGAAGGGUGAGAAGGAACUUAUUGAGAAGUUGUUGCAAACUGAAAUAAAUAUAUUCCGCUCAAUCAGAGAUGGAAGUGCUCUGAUGCAGCAUAUGGAGGAUUUCUAUUACAUCACGUUACUAGAGGAGAUUGAGUAG